CUCUAGCGCUGCCGGUGGACAAUCAAACCAACACACCCACCUCUUGACACACUCGCAUUUUCUCAUUUCUUAGUUCUACUAUAAUAUAGAUAGCUAAACGGACUCUCGGAGCUCACAAAUCAUAGAGACUUGUCCUGAAAAACUAGCAAUAGUUUAACAGUAAAUCUGAAAUUCAACAUGGAGUCCCCUCCAGAUCCAGCAAGCGACCCGGCCAACAGCGCCUCCGAGCCGGCUACCCCGGCCAGGGAAACCCCGGUAAACCUGGAGACGCUCCGAAAAGCGGACCAUCCAGCCCCUGUUCGAAGGCAGACCUGUUCAAGCACCAACAGAGGUGGACUCACGAACAAGCAGGGUAUUUCAGUAACAAAGAAGACACAUACCUCUCAAAUCGAAAUAAUUCCCUGCAAGAUCUGUGGAGACAAAUCAUCAGGCAUCCAUUACGGUGUGAUAACAUGCGAAGGCUGUAAGGGCUUCUUCAGGAGGAGUCAACAGAGCAAUGCGGCCUACUCAUGCCCCCGUCAGAAGAACUGCCUGAUCGACCGCACCAGCCGCAACCGCUGCCAGCACUGCCGGCUGCAGAAGUGUCUGGCAGUGGGCAUGUCACGGGACGCGGUGAAGUUUGGGCGCAUGUCGAAGAAGCAGCGGGACAGCCUGUAUGCGGAGGUGCAGAAACACCGGCUGCAGCAGGCGCAGCGUGACCACCAGCAGCAGCCCGGCGAGGCCGAGCCACUCACACCCACCUACGGCCUCUCGGCCAAUGGCCUCACAGAGCUCCACGAUGACCUCAGUGGCUAUAUGGACAGCCACACCCCCGACGGCAGCAAGCCCGACUCAGCAGUCAGCAGCUUCUACCUGGACAUCCAGCCCUCCCCUGACCAGUCCGGCCUGGACAUCAAUGGCAUCAAGCCUGAGCCCAUCUGCGACUUCGCCCCCGGCUCAGGCUUCUUCCCCUACUGCUCCUUUACCAACGGAGAGACAUCCCCCACCGUGUCCAUGGCUGAGCUAGAGCACCUGGCCCAGAACAUCUCCAAGUCCCACAUGGAGACGUGUCAGUACCUGAGAGAGGAGCUGCAGCAGAUGACCUGGCAGGCCUUCCUGCAGGAGGAGAUGGAGAGCUACCAGACCAAGCCCCGGGAGGUCAUGUGGCAGCUGUGUGCUAUCAAAAUCACAGAGGCCAUCCAGUACGUGGUGGAGUUUGCCAAGCGCAUCGACGGCUUCAUGGAGCUGUGUCAGAACGAUCAGAUAGUGCUUCUGAAAGCAGGCUCUUUGGAGGUUGUGUUUGUCAGAAUGUGCCGUGCCUUCGACUCUCAAAACAACACAGUCUAUUUCGAUGGAAAGUAUGCUGGGCCCGAUGUGUUUAAGUCAUUAGGCUGUGACGAUUUGAUCAGCUCCGUCUUCGAGUUUGGGAAGAACUUGUGUUCUAUGCACCUGUCUGAGGAUGAGAUCGCCCUGUUCUCCGCGUUCGUGUUGAUGUCUGCAGACCGGUCCUGGCUCCAGGAGAAGGUGAAGGUGGAGAAACUCCAGCAGAAGAUCCAGCUGGCACUGCAGCAUGUCCUGCAGAAGAACCACAGAGAGGAUGGCAUACUCACCAAGUUGAUAUGCAAAGUGUCAACACUGCGAGCACUGUGCAGCAGGCAUACAGAGAAGUUGACGGCUUUCAAAGCAAUAUACCCAGACAUUGUGCGUUCCCACUUUCCCCCGUUAUAUAAGGAGCUCUUCGGAUCGGACUUUGAGCAGUCCAUGCCCAUUGACGGGUAGCCAGUAGCCCUGCCAGGUGCCAGUGUGGCCACGCGGGGAAUGUCAUAGGGAGCAUGAAUCUCAGACACUUUAACGGUGCCCUGCACAAACCAGGACGGACGGCACACUGCACACUUUUAUCUAUUUUUCUUUCUGGACGGGAGGGUUGGGGGGUUUGACUCUGUCUGUUUACUUCACUGGGUUUAGUUGUCUCCGUUUAGAACCCAGGUGGGACUCUAAGCCCAGGGGACAUGAAGAAAAGUUGGAGACAAUGCUUUCUUUUUGGAUGAACUUGACCCUCUCAUGCACAUCAUUCCAGCAUGUUCCCAGGAUGUCUCACACUGUUUAGCACUCAUUGUUUGGACUUGUUUCCACAAAAUAUAAUUUACUGUAUGGAGAAAAUUAUUGAAUAUGUCUGUGCACAUGCCUAACUUAAAAUUAUCCUCAGCAACCAACGAUCUGGCUCUCCACUUCUCCUCUGGAGCUUCAAUGUCCCAUGUCUUAUUGCAUUGGAAUACAGUUUCAAUCUAAACUGUAUCAUAUACACCAACGAAGAUAGCUGCCAUGGCAUGUUCAUCCUCCAUUAAUCCUUGGUAAAGCUUCUGUGAGAAUCACAAAUGGAAAUACAUUGCUGCUAAUGUGCAUGUCCUGGUCAAGUUCAGCCCCUGUUCUCUUGUGUUUAGUUGUAUGUUUGGAAUGCAGUGUUUAGAAUGAGAACUCGCAGCGACUUUGAGAGAGGCUCCUUCAGUGUGAGGCAAUGUAAACGGCACCUCUCUAUGGACAAUCAUCUAAAAAGAAAAGUAGAAUUCUGGUAAUUCUAGUCAAAACACAAUGAUUUUAGCUGUCAAAGACUCCAUCCACCAUGGUUGCUUAGUGAAAUCAUGUAAGGCCAUCUGCUAUUAAUCCUUGUGUGGAGAGAUACCCUGGAGAAACAUAGGGCACCGCCACAACAAUAAGGGUCCAUUCCACCUGUUUUAUAAUGUACUACAGGGUAUACGUAUAAGUACUUACUAUACAGAAAAAAAGUAAUGUUUAUAGAUUCUAUUUUAAAUAAAAUGUAUGAUAUUAGUAGUUAGACAAUUCUUAAUUGUUGAAUUGAUAAGGCACUUUUAUUUGCACCUUUCUUUAAUUUAAGACUUGUAUAUUACCUAGUGAUGUGUUGCAUGUGAACAAGAAAUACCAGUUGAACCAUGGUCACAGAGGCUAGUCCUUAGAGCUGCAGACAAUGCUGUUCUGGGUGGGGGUUUGUUUUGGCUAGUUUGGGUUUGGCUGUGAGAUUGCUAGGAUGUUAUGUUCUGGAGAGGCAGGCAAGUCACAUUCACUCCAUCACCUAUUAGUUUAAUACCGCCGACACACAUGCAUGCACUCUCAAACAAAAGCACACAUGCAAAAUAAACCUGGGCUGAAUUGCUGAUGCUGAAGAUGUUUCCUGCUCAAUCCAACGUCUCCAUCUAGUGGAAAGUAGAGACACAGAAGGCCAUGUGAUAGAGAACUUUUGAAAUACAGUACAAUGCCGAUUAGAGAGUGGUCCACACAGGCCUCAGACCAUCUGUUGAUCCUUCUGUUUACCCUUACACGUUAGUGUGUUUGUGUUUAUCAUUGUGGAGGAGUGACUGUGACUGCCUCUUCCCCAAAGCCUCAGCCAAGCUAUGCCAUUUGUUAUGGGACAGAAAAGGGGGAAGAAUGAGAUGUAAUAUUAAAAGCCUUGUCUGGUAGUAAAGCUUCUAUUUUUGUAACAUGUAGAAUGAAUUAAACUCAUGAAAGAGAGGGGGAGAGAAAGAGAAGUCAGGUAGCACUUACUAUAUUCCUGCAAUAAUUAGAGAAGCGGUUUGUAUGACUAGUAGAGAAACAUGACAAUGGUAGAACAAGUGCUAUUUUCAGAAUGCUUUGUUGUUGUGGUUUUGUUGCGUGUGUCUUUCUUGUCGGUGUGGUAGAGAAGCGGUAGAAAACCCUCUGGAUGUGCCAUAUAGUAAGUUGUUGCUCCUGCUUUGCCGUUUACAUGCCCAUAAUAUAGAAUGAAUUGUUCUGACAUUCCAGAAAACUCAGUGGUGGCUUGUAGAGAAUUCCCAUUUAAUCCUGAUAUCCCUUUAGAUAACCCAUAACAGCAUGGGUGCAGUUUAGACACAACCCUCACCAUAGUGUUGUUUUUAUUUUUUUUGCACACGAUCAUUCCUCUGCCGUGAAAUUUGUACAAGACAGAGAAUCUUGUGCUGUCACCCCUCAGGGAAGAGUUAAUUUUAGUUUGUGUUUUGUUCAGGGAUGUUCGAUAUUAAGUGGUUAAGAAGAACAUGUGAAAUUCAUUACUGAGUAGUAUUUUCCAUUGCUGAUGUAAAGUACUUAAGGGGCUGUUUGGCUAAGCACCAGAACUAGAAGUCAAGCUCAUAACAAAAACAAACUUUAUUUUUUUCCAUGUUUACAGUCAGUUUUCCCAUUGGCCAUACAGAAUAGUUAUUAUUUUAUCUACACUAUAUUUAUAUUAGAUACAAUUCCAAUGAUAACGUUCUUCAUGUGGACUCCAAUGUCACCAGGGCCAUUAUCACAAAUGUAUUAUUAUGAUUACCCUCUGUGUUAGAUAAACCAAAUAUACUUACGCAAUAUAAAAUAUCUCCUCUUUCGGCUGUAUUAAUGCUGUGCUUAAAUAAGGGCCUGGGUGACCACCAGUAACCACUACUCCCAACCAGUGAAACCCAGUCUGUCUCAAACAGUGAUUGACAAUCCAGGUGAUAGUGGGCCUGCCCUGUGGCCCAGUGAGAGAGACAUGGAUGCUCAGGGAGGUAACAUACAGACAGACCGGGGAAGCAGGUCUCUUUCCUCUGGACAUAAUGUAUGCGUAGCAUAUGCUUUGCUAUUUCAUUAAUUUAUGAGCUUCUCAUACUCUUUGACAGCUCUCAAUUUAUUAUGGGAGGCAGGUUAACUUUUUUGUAGCACAUUGGACAUGCAGUACUGUACCUUCUUUUCACUAAGUCUUUUUCUAUGCUUGCCCCCUAGCAUAUUCUCAGCCAAGAACUAUUUGGUAGCUGUGUGUAAGUAACUAUGAUAGGUUUCUGCCAGGUAGCCACUGGAGUGGAAUCCCAUUUCCUGAAACACAGAUGUCAUUCUCUGUCUCUAUGUCUAUCAAACUGGUCCUAAAUUAUAGGUCUGUUCACUGUGUUAUGUCCUCCUUUUAGUCUUUGUUUGUGUACAGUUUGAUAGCAAUAUUGAUUUGACAAUGGGAAAUUAUCAGAGGCAUUGUGUCUGUCAGUUUCAACAAACAUCUCUGCACCCACAUUGCGUGGAGGGAUACAUCAUCCUGCAUGCUUUCAUUUUAGACAUAUGUAGCAAAGGAUUGCUGCUGAGUCUGCUAGUAUAUCAAUGUGAAUAACACCUUAUGGUCCUUCUGUCUCUGUGUCACUCGUGUAAACAAGCAAUAGUGUGCGUGUGUGUGUUUGUGUACUCACUGUGUGCAUAAGAUAAAUCCCAGACAAGGCUUUAAUAAACUAAGAGGGAAAGGGUUAUGUGAAUGAGGAGUCUGGUAGGUCUUUCCCUGGAUUCGGUAACACAGAGAUUUGUUCCAUCCCGUAUAGGGUUUAAGUGUUAUAAACAUGACAUAAUACCUCUUUACAAUUUAUAGUCCUUCAAAGCGCACUGGAGCAAAUGACUAACUACUCAGUCUCAUGACGUGUUCAGUGCAGAGUAAUUGGUAGAAAAAGAGACAAGUUGACACACCAUCCUGCAUGUCAUACAUGUUAUCUUGAGAUGAUUUGACUGCCUAGGAAUCAUGGGACUCAUAUUUAUUUGCCAUAGAAUAUAGAUUGUAAAGGUAUGUGUGAUGUCAUGCUUACAACUGUGCUGUAUUGAAGAGUUACCCAGAUCUAUCAGUCAGUUGAAUUGCAUUUUAACAAUACUCUCAUUUUCCAAAGCACAGCGAAUACAGUUUUAAGAUGAAAAAAAGAUUUUAAAAAAAACAUUUUAGAAUAUAGUAAAAAUGGAAAAUUGAGAAAAAAAAACCUCUAGCCAUAAUCGAAUGUCAAGCAAUAAUAUGUGGUGCAUUAUUUUAAUUUUGUGCAUAGGCUUUGGACAUCUGCAUGUAAAUACACUUCUUAUUUAUCCCUUUUGUUUUUGUUUUAAUUUGUGUUAUUUGGUUUUGGUUGUUAUAUUGUUUAGUCAGUAUAUUUGAUUGGUUCUGUUCCCAGGUGGAGGAUAAAACCUCAUGACCUGUAAACUAUAUAUCUUCAUUUCUCUCUCUCUCCCUCAUCCUCAACUUUUAAUCCACAAUAUUUAAUGUUAUUAUUGAUCACAUGUAUAAAGGUAACUUUGUAACUUCUGUCUGUAUAGGUAAGGAGAAAAUACUGCUACUAAGGCCUACAAAUAUUUAUAUGUUUAUCAAAUACACCAUGCUGUACAAUAUCUCUGAUUUUAAUAUCCUUCUCUCCUUUAGGAUUAGAUUGAUAGUGGUAGGGUGUGCCAACAUUUAUUUUGUGUUAUCUUGAUGUGUGGUGCUAGGUAAGUUCCUUUUGUGGACAAAGUCUUGAUUCCUAGACUUGGCCACCCUAUUAGUCCAUUCAUUUCAUUAAGUAUUGGUGCAUUAUUGAUAUUAGGACAAUAAAUAAUCAUGGUAAUGAUAAUGAUGAUGAUAGUGGUAAAUUUACUUCAAAACCCAGCCAGUACAGUACCUGUAUCAGUGUGCUAGUCCUGGGGUAAGGCUCUUAUUUCCUUCUCACUUAAAUUAUUAUCAAAACCAGUAUCUACUAAUGAACAGGUUAUUUAAGGGUUGCUCUUCUGAUUUCUGAAAAAAAAGAGUCUAAAACAGCAGUAUUGUUUUUCUUUGUUCUGAUUGUAAAAAACCACUUGCUGAGGCUUGUAGCUGGUCAUAUUUGCAAAUGCGGAGUAUUUACCUCUUCAAGCUGUGUAGUACUUUACUGUGCUAUUGUCCAUUUAAAACAGCCAUUUUAUGGCUUCCUUAUUUAAAAGUUAGUCUGCCCUGAAACAGUGUUUUCUUUUAGACCAGUUUAGACCUUUGGCACCACCAUAUGUGUUAUUAGAAAAAAUGGACAUGAAAAAGAUCACCGUUAGAGGUUAGAUAUUUUUUGUAACCUUUUUUUUCCUUUUCACUCAGUAGCAAAUAUCAGCCAGAAUGUGCUUGCAAUAAUACACAAUGUACUACACUGAGUGCCUCUCAGUGUUACAGGAUGCAUAAAUGGUAUUCAAUGUUAUUGUUUUUGUUUUCCGAACAUGUACUCAGCUGACAAUGUAUUUGCACGUAGGUUAACUCUGUCACCUAAUGGUUUACUACAUUUCUUAUAUUCUGUCUUUAUAAAGUACACAUUUUCUUGUUUAUUUAAGGCACCAUGUUAGAUAUUCAGAUGAUAUAAAUAUAUUUCUCCCUCUCGUCUGAGUAGCAUAACUGGGAAGGAUGUGGUAAUGUAAAAUGGUCAAAUCGAUGAAGUACAUUCUGGCUGACAAUAUUGCAUAAAAGAUGACCUGCUGAUCCAGGUUCUGGAUUUGACAAAAGAAUGGACAAUCCACGUUGAUGUUUUUCACUUUGUUUUGUGAUCAUAAAAUGAUUUCUUUAUUGAGAACAGAUAAUUGACUAAUGCAUUGUAUUUCAAAUAUUCAUAUGUGUAUGCAAAAGAUGCAUACAACACAUCUGAAUUUCUUUAAUGUUCUGUGUUUAAUGUAAGCUCAAGGGGUUGGGGUAACUUUAUGAUGGGUCGAGUGUGGGUGGGAUAUUUCUCCUUGUGAAAGCAGUAUGAACUGUAGAAAGCAGAAACCGGUAUGUGGUUGUCACAAAUUUUUAAGUCACAUGUUUGCUACUUACGAUGGGAACAGAUGAUCAUGUACCUUUUUAUCCAGCUCUUUUGAGCUCUCUUUAGCAGGUAGUCUAUUCACAAAAGUAGUUUUGCUCCUUCUUGUCUGAUUCUUAAAUAUGGAAAUAAGUAUUUUGAUUCAUUUUGUACAUACAGGUGUAAAGAAAAAUAAGAAAUGCAAUGUUGUCUUUGAAAUACUUUCCAUUCUAAUAUGAAUGUUGUUAUAUUGUACUUAGAAACUGUACCUUUAAUAUUACCUUUAUUAAAAGUGCAUUGGACACAUCGAUUUUAGAUGUGCUUUAUGUGCUGUUAUCCCAUAAUAAAAUUUCCCGCUUGUAAUGGGCUCUUAAUUUCU